AUGGCGAAUGGCUAUUCCACAGACAAGUGUUUCCGCUAUCUCAUCUCGUGCUUCAGGGCCAGGGUGAAAAAGUACAUCCAGGUGGAGCCGGUACUAGACUACCUGACCUUUCUGCCUCCAGAGGUGAAGGAGCAGGUUCAGACGACGGCCGCCACCACUGGGAACAUGCAAGCAGUUGAACUGCUCCUGAGCACCUUGGAGAAGGGCGUCUGGCCCCCUGGCUGGGCUAGGGAAUUUGUGGAGGCCCUGCAGCGAGCAGGCAGCCCAUUAGCCGCCCGCUACAUGAACCCUGAGCUCACCGACUUGCCCUCUCCAUCCUUUGAGAGUGCUCAUGAUGAGUGUCUCCAACUGCUGAACCUCCUUCAGCCCACUUUGGUGGACAGGCUUCUGGUGAGAGAUGUCUUGGACAAAUGCGUGGCGGAGGAUCUAUUGACGCUUGAAGACAGAAAUCGGAUUGCUGCUGCCGAAAAUAAUGGAAAUGAAUCAGGUGUAAGAGAGCUACUGAAAAGGAUUGUACAGAAAGAAAACUGGUUUUCUACAUUUCUGGCUGUUCUGAGUCAAACGGGAAAUGACGCACUUGUCCAAGAGCUAACAGGCACCAAUUGUUCCGAAAGCACUGCAGAAACUGAGAAUUUAUCACAAGAAGAUGGUCCCGAAGUUAAAGAGCCACUGCUUCUAGCCACAGAUCAGCCGAGUCCAGAGAAGGAUGUCUGGGACGUGGAGAAUAAUGCAUUGGAAUCAUCUUAUGCAGAUUCUUCUGUAGUUUCAGAAUCAGACACAAGUUUGGCAGAAGGAAGUGUCAGCUGCUUAGAUGAAAGUCUUGGACAUAACAGCAACAUGGGCAGUGAUUCAGGCACCAUGGGAAGUGAUUCAGAUGAAGAGAAUGUGGCAGAAAGAGCAUCCCCUGAGCCAGAACUGCAUCUCAGGCCUUACCAAAUGGAAGUUGCCCAACCAGCCUUGGAGGGGAAGAACGUCAUUAUAUGCCUCCCCACAGGGAGCGGGAAAACCAGGGUGGCUGUGUACGUUACCAAGGAUCACUUGGACAAGAAGAAAGAAACAUCCGAACCUGGAAAAGUUAUAGUCCUUGUCAAUAAGGUACCGUUAGUUGAACAACUCUUCCGCAAAGAGUUCAAUCCGUUUUUGAAGAAAUGGUAUCGUAUUACUAGAUUAAGUGGUGAUACUCAAUUGAAAAUAUCAUUUCCAGAAGUUGUCAAAUCCCAUGAUGUUAUUAUCAGUACAGCUCAAAUCCUUGAAAACUCUCUUUUAAACUCAGAAAAAGGAGAAGAUGCUGGUGUCGUGUUGUCAGACUUUUCCCUCAUCAUCAUUGAUGAAUGCCAUCACACCAACAAAGAAGCAGUCUAUAAUAACAUCAUGAGGCGUUAUUUGAAACAGAAGUUGAAAAACAAUCGACUCAAGAAAGAAAACAAACCAGUGAUUCCCCUACCUCAAAUACUGGGACUAACAGCUUCACCUGGUGUUGGAGGAGCCACCAAGCAAGCCAAAGCUGAAGAACACAUUUUAAAAAUAUGUGCCAAUCUUGAUGCCUCUAUCAUUAAAACUGUGAAAGAAAAUAUUGAUCAACUCAAAGAUCAAAUAAAGGAGCCAUGCAAAAAGUUUGCUAUCGCAGAUGACACGAGAGACGAUCCAUUUAAAGACAAACUUGUGGAAAUAAUGACAAGGAUUCAAACUUUUUGCCAAAUGAAUCCAAUGCCAGAUUUUGGAACUCAACCCUAUGAACAAUGGGCCAUUAAAAUGGAAAAAAAAGCUGCAAAAGAAGGAAAUCGCAAAGACCGUGUUUGUGCAGAACAUUUGAGAAAGUACAAUGAAGCCCUACAAAUUAAUGACACAAUCCGAAUGAUUGAUGCAUAUAACCACCUUGAAACUUUCUAUAAUGAUGAGAAAGAAAAGAAGUUUGCAGUCCUAGAAGAUGAUAGUGAUGAGAGUGGUGACAAUGGUGAUGAAGAUGAGGUUGAUGAAAAGAAACAUUUGGAACUGGAAGAGACAGAUAGUUUUCUCAUGACUUUAUUUUUUGACAACAAAAAAAAGUUGAAAAAGUUGGCUGAAAACCCAGAAUGUGAAAAUGAAAAGCUGACCAAAUUAAGAAACACCAUAAUGGAACAUUAUACAAGGACUGAGGAAUCGGCACGAGGAAUAAUUUUCACAAAAACACGACAGAGUGCGUAUGCCCUCUCCCAGUGGAUUACUGAAAAUGAAAAGUUCGCAGAAGUAGGAGUCAAAGCCCAUCAUCUGAUUGGAGCUGGACACAGCAGUGAGUUCAAGCCAAUGACACAGAAUGAACAAAAAGAAGUCAUUAGUAAAUUUCGCACAGGAAAAAUAAAUCUGCUUAUCGCUACCACAGUGGCAGAAGAAGGUCUGGAUAUUAAAGAAUGUAAUAUCGUUAUCCGUUACGGUCUCGUCACUAACGAAAUAGCCAUGGUCCAGGCCCGUGGUCGAGCCAGAGCUGAUGAAAGCACCUAUGUCCUGGUUGCCCACAGCGGAUCAGGAGUUGUUGAACGUGAGACAGUUAAUGCUUUCCGAGAGAAAAUGAUGUAUAAAGCUAUAGACCAUGUUCAAAAUAUGAAACCAGAAGAGUAUGCUCAUAAGAUUUGGGAAUUACAGAUGCAAAGUAUAAUGGAAAAGAAAAUGAAAACCAAGAGGAGUAUCGCAAAGCAUUACAAGGAUAACCCAUCAUUAAUAAAUUUCCUAUGCAAAAACUGCAGUAUGCUGGCUUGCACUGGAGAAGAUAUCUACGUAAUUGAGAACAUGCACCAUGUCAAUAUGACACCAGAAUUCAAGGAACUCUACAUUGUGAGAGAAAACAAAGCACUGAAAAAGAAGUUUGCAGACUAUCAAACAAAUGGUGAGAUUAUCUGCCAAAAUUGUGGCCAAGCUUGGGGAACGAUGAUGGUGCACAAAGGCUUGGAUUUGCCUUGUCUCAAAAUAAAGAAUUUUGUAGUGGUUUUCAAAAGUAAUUCACCAAAGAAACAAUACAAAAAGUGGGUAGAAUUACCUAUCACAUUUCCCAGUCUUGACUAUUCAGAAUAUUGUGUGUUUAGUGAUGAGGAUUGACAUUUGGUUCAAGAUUCCUUCAAAAUAUUACCAACUGAACAUUAAUAUGAUUUUGAUUAAUGUUUUUAUUAUACUACAGAACUGCCGUGAGAAUUAAUAAAGUCAUUUCUUUACUCUGUGUUUAACUAUAAAGAGGAAGACAGUAUAUUAUGCUUUCAAUUAUCUGUUUUGGUUGUGGGCGGGGGUAAAGGAAAUCUAGCAAUAAUACUCGUUACUGUGGAGCACUAUAGUACUGUGGGAAGAAUACUGGAGUAUAAAUGAGGAUCCAGGGUACCAAUUUCAGUCCUGUCACUAAUUUUCAGAAUAAAGUUAAGCAAGUCCAUUCA